CUUGUCGGUGUGUUGCGGUGUGUGUGUUUGGCAGGAAGGUGUUGCAAAGGUGUUUAUUGACUUGCUGGAUCUUCGUCCCCUCAAGAAGACUUACUGGUGUUGUGAGACGCUGAUGAUGGUGCACGUGGAGUGAAUACUUGCUGUAAUUCAUCCGAGACUGCUAGAAUGGCGGGACUUGCUGGGGUGUACGGAGGCCCCGCGAGGCACGUGAUGCACCAGUACCUCCUGCUGGCGACCCUCCUUAGACUGGUGACUGGACGCGACGCAAUGCACCAGGCAAACCUUCCAAAUAUCCCCAAAAUGACCACACGGGCGGACUUUCCUUAUGACUUCUGGGAGGACGAGGAAGAACCAUCCACUCAACCCACACAACCAACACGACUCACCUCCCCAACCAUCACCACAACUCAAGUCUCCUCCACGACCCCGGAUCCCAAUUACGACUAUUAUUUUGAGAGACACGACGGGUUUGGCAGCGACCCGUCCACGUGGAAAUUGCUGCCCAUUCAGAUUCCAGACGAUUUAGUGAGCAAUGCCAUCCUGCAAGAGGUGAGGACGUCCGCAGCGCCGACCUACGCCACGCCACCGACGCCACAGCAUAAGCAUUCCAGCGUUACACAACCUCCAAGAACCCUGCGGCCGGAAAGACUACACAGCGCUAGUACUGAUCAUGGAGGUUCUGUGCCUCAGGAGCAGAACUGGGACCCCCACAGCACUGAAACAGGCCCUAGAACCCCCAAGCCACAGAACUGGGACAGACAUGACACCGGGAACAGCCACACCAAUCUUAAAUCACAGCAAGAUUGGGAUAGGCAUGAUACAGGGACCAGCCACAGCAAUCCAGGGCCACAGCAAAACUGGGAUAGACAUGAUGCCAGCAAUAGCCACAGUAAUCCAGGACCACAGCGGAAUUGGGACAAACAUGAAACAGGGAGUAGCCACAGCAUUCCUGAACCACAGCUUUGGAACAGGGAUAGCAGUAAGAGUGGCCACAGCAACACAAAACCACAGCAACAAAUCUGGAGCCAUUACAGUAGUAAGAGUAACCACAGGAACCCUAACUCACAUAACCCACAGCAGAACUGGCAGGAACACAGCUCUGACACUGCCCACGGGACCCCUGCGCCACAGCACCACAGCUUGAACCACCACAGUUUACCUCACAACCCUCACUACAGCCCAGGACCCUCACAGCAUCUCCACUACAACUGGUCUCACACUACUGAUGGGUAUGACAUUCGUAACUACCAUGGAAACGACCCUGAGAACCCCCCAAACCACCAUAAAGACGACCCUCAGAGGUCAGACAACUACCACAACGACCCUUCUCAGUAUUCCAUGCCUCCAGGACCUUCACCCUGGAACCGGAAGCCCCCAGACGCCUCCUCAUGGCAGCAGAACAUAGUAGAAAGACUGAGCCAGCACCUACCGAAGCUACCGUCUCUGUCUCGUCUUCGUAUCCCUGGACUGAGCAGCCUCACGUCUUUCUCCCUCCCUAAGUGGGGCUUUGGGGAGCCUGGACAUCAGCCUCAAGAUCCAGGCUACCCGAUGGUGACUAGAGGGGAUUACGUACAUAAGUUCUAUCAUUUAGUCCCGGAGAAUGACCCACUGGACCAUCUGAAUAGUAACAGAGACAGGAACAGCAGGCCACUUUACACCUACCCACCUCAUCAGAGACACAAGCAGCACGACAGCACAUUGGAACACACCCAAGACAACGACAACAAAUACCAGACCCAUCAUCACAGCAACACUGACCGCACGGACGACCGCUACACGAGUCAGGGACUUACGGACACUACCCUACAGCACACUAACGACCCUCAGGUGAACCAAUACGAGGCGUACACUUCAUACACUCAACACACGUCACGGUUCCCUCAGCGCACACGACCUGAUCCCAGACGACCCUUCCAGGAGCCUCAAAGGAUUCUUAAACUCCCACAACGUCAGGAACAUGAGAUUUCAGGGCAGCAAUACAGUCCAGACAGACAGAGUUGGACGUGGGAGGUUCACGACACGCCCACACUUUCACACCCACACAGCGAUCCUUACAACAGACGACCGAGUGCUCAUAACUGGAUCGACACCGGCAUUCCAGGUAGCUAUGACCCUUCCAGUACUAAUCAUAAGGACCUCUACGCCCCAAACACGUACUCAAGUCACCCACAGGAGGUUUACGGCUACACUCCAAGCUACGGGCAACCACAGCACCAUCCCCAGCACCACUAUCAGCACCUCCAGCACUCCCAGCAAGCACUCAGUAAUCCCUGGUACCCUGAAAGUCAGUUUCAGCAAGACUACAACGCUGGAUUCAACACAAAUUUCCAUGACCAUAUUCUUGAACCUCUCAGUAAUUUACUAAGCAAACCAUCGCCUUUGUCCAUCAUUGACUCGUCUCCAUACCAGCAAAGCAUUAUAGAAAGACUGACUGGUGUGGAUACUUCCUCUACCUCGUCUUUUGUCUUCCCCGGAGGCGCGUUGGUGCUUGGACUGGCUUUAGCUCUCUUCUAUUUCAACUUUGUGUGGUACCCGACCCCUGUGGUCACUGCCAAGAUUUACAAGAUGCUCUCCCAGUCUGUCUCUGGUGGGGAGCUCACCGAGGGGCAGGAACGCACCGUUGGGGAGGUGUACAGAGUGUUCCGUGGCCUGGAGGCGGAAUACAAGCACGACCCCUCCAUCUGGUCCGCCUCCUGCAGGACCAGAGUUGUGUGUCAGGUGCACCAGGAGCUCCCGGGCCUGUGGAAGGUGACGCAAGCCUACGCAGCCCUCGUCAAAUCAAGCCUCGCGCCGGGACCUAAGGGGGACAUCGACCUCAGCGGGUACCAGGAGGCGGCCCGGCGCGGCUCAGAGGGCGAGGACUGCGAGGAACACUACCAUGAAUGUCCCCUCAACACAGUCCCGCUAAAAGCCACGUUGAGGAGACUACUGGUGCUGCUCCAGCCCGUCUGAACCCCGUCUGUUAGUCCUCCCUGGCACUGAUAAGACCUGUCUGAACCACCCUGCUCUCUCUGAGAAUAUUUAGAUCUGACUGAAAUCCUCACUUCCCUGGCACUGUUUAGACUUCCCUGAACCGUCCUCACCUGUCUGAACUGUCCUCCAGUGGCUGAUAAUACAAAGGAACUCAAAAGAAGACAAAGGAGCAGCACUAGAUCUUUUUACUCCUAAUAGACUGUUUGCUGAUCUAUCAAUAUCUACAUAAUCAGUGACUACACUAAUAACACAAAGAAAGAACAAACAGCAGCAGAACUUUUUAACUCUUACAAGACUGUUGCACUGUAUCUCGUAACACAAAGAAACACAAAAGAAAAAAACAAGCCGCAAGAUAUCCACUAUAACGAUGCUGUUUGUUACAUUUAUAUCUCGUAACACAAAGGAACACAAACGAAAAAUAAAACGUCACCUAGACGAGGCUGUUAGUAAUUAACGACUUACUAAAUUUGUAUGCAAACUGACUGAUUUCGUAAUGAUGCUGUGACUAGACUUGGACUUGGAAAUGAAUGUACGAGUGACUUGAAGGCGCCACAGCAACGGGGUCAUAACGCGCCGAUGCCCAAGCGAAGGGUCACAUGAUCAGAAACUUCAAGGAGGCAAAAUGUAUGGAAAUCGUGUUAUUUGCUAUUUAUUUACGAACGCAACGAUAAAUGCCUGUUCUUAUUUAUUUAUUUGCUUCUGUAUUUAUUUAGUAAUUUCCCUCUCUCUUAAAGGUCCGUAGGAAAAGACCAGAAUUAUAAUUUAAUAUGUUCUGUUUUUCGUUUAUUUAUUUAUUCGCUUAAGCAUUUACUUCUUUAUUUAUUUAUUUGCCUGCCUAUCUACUUAUUUCUAUCUUUCACAAGUAUUAUACUACUUGAGAGUUAUAUUAUAUUACAGUGUUAUAGUAUACUUGAGUGUGCGUGCCUUCACUUCUCUGUAUAUAAAUUAUAACCACCUGUACAUAUACAUACAUUUAUACAUACUAACUUAUAUGUGAUUAAGUUAUUCUGAAAACCAGAUAAAAAUAAUAAAUAAAUACAAGAUGUACAUAA